AACCAGUGGGGACAGAGAUGUGAAGGUGAUAUUAAGUUCUCGCUUUGGCUUUUGGGCAAAUUAUUUCUCAUGUUUAUACAUAUAUAUACUUUGUCAGAAAGUUUCAGAAUGUUGAAAAUUUAGAUCUGUGUACCCUCCAUUACCUUCAAGGACCUGAGAUGCAUGUGAAGAUCAAAGAUACUCAUAUAUUGAGUCAGUGCACAGGAAAACAUGAGAGUUGGAGAGGGAGGCGCAUUCAAUAAGACGAGUAAGCAUAGUCUUGUAAUCGACAACUUUCUAGUCAUCACUUGGCCUGAAAAUGAAGCCCCACUCAAGAGCACAGCUGAAAUAAUCUUUUUCUUCCUUCAAGCAAAAUUCCUUUUCUCAGACAAGUUCUUGUUUUUUGGAUCUGGAUGUUUAACAGAUUUAGAACUUUAGUGUUGAACAGAAGCGUGGUACAUUAUACUAUUUUCUUCUUAUGAAAACACUUCUGUAACCAGUGUUUUUAUGUAUUUUCCAUGAGACCUUGGUUAGCUUACCAUGUAGCAAACGAACCAGGACACUGCAACUUAUGUUUCCACUGUCAAAAAUACAAAAUUAGACAGGAUAAAAGUUGAGGAUACCUCUCAUAAUAUAUUUUCUGUGAACCCAUCCAUUACCACAUCAUGGUUCGCCUUAGGGGAAGAUAUAUACUUCAACAACAUAAACCUUGGUUAUGGUGACUCUUCAUCUCAAUGAGACUAAGGUCAAGUUGCAACACCUGUAACAGAAGAAACAGGCCUGCUGUACUAGUUGUAACUUAAAUAUUUGAAAUUUAGACUUCGCUUUAAACCACAGGGUUCCAUGACUGCAUGUGUCAUGGCUGGAGCUCAUUGUCAUGGGAGUUCUAAUAUGUCAUUGCUGGAUCCUGAACUAUAGUUCAUGAGUUCAUUGGUAGUGGAAGUUUUCUUCAUGAUACUUCAUUUGUUCUCUGUGAAUCUGUCUGCCCAUGUAUGUCAAGAAACAAAGCAUCUCAUGCUACUAAAGCUAAAUUUCUAUUUGUUUACAUAAGAGAGGUAAUGUCAAAGGAUCAACGGCCUCCAGUAGCUGGUCCGGUGUUCAGCCAACUUAUACACUUCAGUAAACUCUUUGAUUAUCAAGCAUCUCUUGCCCAGAAGUACAUUACUUACCGUAUGAUCCUGCCAUCACAUAGUGAAAUUUACACUGCUGAUCCAGUUAAUGUUGAAUAUAUACUCAAAACAAACUUCAUCAAUUAUGGCAAGGGGGAGUAUCAUUGUGACAUAAUGAAAGAUCUGUUUGGGGAUGGAAUUUUUGCAGUGGAUGGAGAAAAAUGGCGCCACCAGCGGAAGCUUGCAAGUUAUGAAUUCUCAACGAAAGUUUUGCGAGAUUUCAGUACUUCUGUUUUUCAAGAUAAUGCUGCAAAAUUGGUUUUGAAGGUUUCUAUGGUGGCUGCAGCUAAGCAAAUGAUGGAUUUGCAGGAUAUGUUGAUGAAAUCAACUUUGGACUCGAUUUUUAAGGUGGGAUUUGGGGUUGACCUUAAUUCUCUAUCUGGCUCAGAUGUCUUCGGAAAUCAAUUCAUCAAAGCCUUUGAUGAUUCUAAUGUCAUUGUGUAUUGGAGAUAUGUCGAUCUAUUAUGGAGGAUUAAGAGGUUCCUUAAUUUAGGCUUGGAAGCUGCUCUUAAGCAUAACAUCAAAGUCAUUGACAGUUUUAUUUUUGAAUUAAUUAGAUGCAAGAGGGAGCAGAUGAAGAAUAAAGAGCUUGAUAGAGGAAAAGAGGAUAUAUUAUCAAGGUUUCUGCUGGAGAGUAAGAAGGAUCCAAAGAAAAUGAAUGAUCGAUAUUUGAGAGAUAUAAUUCUCAGUUUCGUCAUUGCUGGUAAGGACACAUCUGCUGACACGCUUACUUGGUUCUUUUACUUGCUCUGCAAGCAUCCUCUGGUUCAAGAAAAGGUUGUGCUGGAGGUGAGAGAAGCAACUAAAGCUCAGAUUAACAUAUCUGCUGAUGAGUUUGCCAAGAAGAUAACAGAAAAAGCCCUCGACAAGAUGCAGUAUCUUCAUGCAGCGUUAACUGAGACUCUCAGACUCUACCCAGCAGUCCCUAUGGAUGGAAAGCAUUCAGAAGAAGAUGAUAUUCUUCCUGAUGGCUUCAAAGUAAAGAAAGGAGAUGGUAUGUGCUACAUGGCUUAUGCCAUGGGGAGAAUGAGAUGCAUUUGGGGUGAGGAUGCGGGGGAGUUUCGACCUGAAAGAUGGCUUGAGAAUGGUGUUUUCCAACCUGAAAGUCCUUUUAAAUUCACUGCUUUUCAGGCUGGUCCUCGGAUUUGCUUGGGAAAGGAAUUUGCUUAUAGGCAAAUGAAGAUCUUGGCUGCUGUUCUUGUCUACUUUUUCAAAUUCAAACUUGUGGAUGAGAGGAAGGAGGCCAGGUAUCGAACCAUGUUCACCCUUCACAUGGAUCAAGGUCUCCAUCUAUAUGCAUUUCCUAGACUGUAAAUCACAAAAAUGUAAGUCUUCUUCCAUGGUAUAUACCAUGGAGUGUCAUUUUCUUGGGAGAAUGUCUACUUUGAAAAAUCAUAGUUGAAGUGGUUGAAAAGUUAAGGGUGGAUCGAACAUCUGGAAAUUGAGAAGUGUGAACAUCUUCAUUUUAAAACUCAAAUUUUAUUUUAUUAUCUCAA